UAAUUAAAUAUGUCAGCCCCCAGUAAGUGAUGUAGCUCACAAAAAUGCAAAAAUCUAGUAAAUUUACUAAAAAUAUGCACCAAAGGCACCCAAUAGUGGAUUCACUGUAUAAGGAUGGUAUCACGUGUACUAAUACAUUAAGGAUAGCCGAAAACGUCUAUAUUGAUCUAUGUGAAGUGAAGGGAUGGAGGCGCGUCACGUGGCACGUACUAAAUAGAAAAAUUGUCGUAUUUUCUGGCCAAGUACGUGCAGGUAAUGCGCCCCAACAAAUUGUAGUCCCUGUUUCAUCUGAUACCCUAACCUCAUUCAAGGAUUUAGAUGUCAUGCUACACGACUGCAGUCAUCUACUUGGGGAGACUAAUAGCUGCAUCACCAUGGCGAUUGUCGCGCCGGACUCCCUCGUUGUUUACUACGACGUGAGCGCGGGGAUUGUUCCGCCUCCCCUGCCGGUGGCGGCGGCGACGGCGAUGCCAAAACGACGCGAGAAGCUGCGGAGUCGACCGCCGCAGAAACGAACCCAUGCUGGCGACGACCCCUUUCACGACGAGAUUCAGCUUCCUCUGCUGGGUUUGUCCGCAGCGGACGAAUCGACGGGCAACGGAGCACAGAGUGAACAAUGUGCUGACGUCGCCGGACGCUCAGCAAGCCACGCUGACGACAACAAACGUUUGGAAGUGACAGGCGACGAGAGACCACGAUUACCCGGUAAAGCUGCGCGGCUCGACGAACGGAUGGAGGAAGGGAGGCGUGAAGGUGCUGCAGGUGCGCCAUCUAGGGACAGAGAGGAUAAACUAGUCGCGAUUCAGGGUUGGGGAACAGACACGUGGGGCUGACACAGAUGUAACUGGUGUUUACACAAGCACAUUAUAUAUUAAGGAAGGUUCUAUAAAUAAACAUGUAUUAUAUAAUAAGGAGAUA